AGACUCCGCCCACCUCCGGGCUACACUGGUGUGCAGAGUGCGCGUCCUCAGACAUCCAUCGAGACUUGACUCCUGUUAGCUUGAAGCUAAUUAAUGGCUAAAUAGUGUAAUGGGUAGCUUCAUGGAUUACGCCUACCCAGCUGGAGAUGAAAGCGGAGGCAGCUGUGACGAGUGGGAUGUUGGACUUUCGGAUAAAAAGACUUCUUAUACCAAGGAUCUGGAUGCAGCUGCACCACAUGCAGAAGAUGACGUGUCGAUAAUGAAAAGAGCCAUCAGUAGAGGAGACGUUGGGACAGUUGAACAGCUGUUGGAUAAUGGCAUGGAUGUGGAGACCAGGCUUGGCUUUGAAUGGACUCCUCUGAUGUGUGCUGUCAAUGUGGCGAAUUACGACCUGGCCAAAUUGCUGUUGGACAGAGGGGCAAGUGCCAACUUCAGUAAAGAUCUUUUGACGGUGCUCAUGGCCAGCAUUACAGCUUCUGCAAGUGAAGAUAAAAUCGCUCGCUGUGUGGAGCUUUUGCUAUCCAGAAAUGCUGAUCCAAACAUGGUGGACAGGUCUCAAAUGACCUGCUUGAUGCUGGCAGCAAGGGACGGCUACAGUAAAGUCAUCAACCUGCUGGUCUCCCAUGGGGCAGAUAUAAAUACCCAGGAUUGCAAUGGAUAUACGGCUUUGUCUAUAGCCGUGCAGUAUGGCAGAGAGGAGGCAGUGCUGAAGCUCCUUCAGCUCGGAGCAGACAAAACCAUAAGGACCAAGAAAGGCAAGAGCCCUGCUGACCUGUCUGUAAUCUUCAAACACACACAGAUAGGCAGGAUCUUGGCCUCUUCAUCACACAUCUCAAAUGCCAACGCCUUCAACUCCAUGGAGGAGACCCUCACCAAGUUCUUUAAGACAAACUCUGAACCACCAUCUUCAAAUGAAAGUGUAACCAAGCUUGAUGAACUUGAGCUCCUCCUGCAUGGCCUCGAUCUUGGCUACCUCAGUGAUAUCAUGACUGAAAAUGACAUCACCUGGAGCUACCUGUUGACCAUGGAGAAGGAGGACCUGGAGAAGAUUGGUAUCACAGACCCGGUCGUCCAGCAGAAGGUGCUCAGUGCUAUGCAGCAGAUGCAUCUGGACAAGGUGGACCUGGACACCAUCGGCAAACUGGAGGCUGCGGACUGUGGGAGUGAGGAGCUGCAUAACUUCCUGAUAAGUGUGAGGCAGCAGUGCUGCUACCUGACGGAGACGAUUCAGGACGUCAUCAGCCGUUUUCCCCGCCAAGCCUCUCAGCUUGUCUUCUCGCUGGACCCGAAGAAGGAGGCCCAGGCCGUUUGCAACCAGCUGGUCAUCCAGACUAAAGACCUGCAGAAGGAAGUCACUUGCCUCCACAACCUGCUGUGCCAGAUGGAUGAGGCCGGAGAUCCCUGUCAGCCUCCUCAACCUGGUUCCCACAGCAACUGGAGGAUGUGGCCCUUGACCAGAGUUGCACUUGGAUUCACCCUCCUGUUGCUCCUCUACAAAGCUGCCAGUGGCAAGGUUUACCUGCAGAUGUACAGGAAUGUCUGUUAACACCAGAUGGUUGUGCCAGUUAAUUAAUAAGCUCAUCAUACUGUUUAGUUUUUGAUGGCUGAAGGACUGAUAUGUUUUAUGAUAAUGUUUGACAAGACGGGUCAUUUUUAAUUUUGCUGCUGUAACACUUAGUUUCCACUUUGGUCUGACUUGUCUUUGAGUUUAGUUCUUAAUUCUUUAAAAAAGUAUGUUUUAAGGGGUUGAGUGAAAAUUAAGGUUUGUUGUGAGGAACAAUUUGUUUCAUAUUCAAAUUAAGUUUGGAAUGAGAAAGUUAUUUUGUGUUUUCACUUACUGCAAAAGAAAUCUAAUGUGAUUUAAAAAUUAAAUUCCUGAUCAAAAUAAUGAAGCAGUUUAAAAAUAAAUAUACAUAUUUAUAGUU